AUUCAAAGGUGAUGGUGGAUUUUGCCCUUAAUCUGGCUAUAAGACGGGGACCUACACCGUCUCAGGGGCCGGAUCCGCUGCUCGGGGUCCAAAAAAUCAUUUUUUCGCCUCCGAGCACCGAGAUUCAUGCAUCAUCACUGUUAAACUCAUCCGCCCUGCACCUUUGCCCAAUGUGCUAACACUACUCUGUUUCUUUUUCAUUCAUAUGAUUAAUAAGUCUUAGAAAAUAUAAUGUCCCAGUAUAAGUUAGCGACUCCGCUCGGCGCCGAGGGCGAUCUAAAAAGCUACUCGUGCGUGAUUUGCCGACAGCGCAAGGUCAAAUGCGACCGGCGCAACCCCUGCUCCAACUGCGUCAAGGCCGAGAAGCCGUGCGACUACGUGGCCCCGGUGCGAGGGAAGAGGAAGAGAACAAAGCCGCCCAAAGAAAGUCUCCACGCGAAAUUGAAGCGGUUGCAGGAAUUGUUGAAAUCGUAUGGCGCGAAGCUCGAACCGUCCGAUGAAGUAGAUGACUCCGACUCGGAGUCGACGGUGUCUCAUCCUAAUGAUGAUGAGAUGGUUAGGUCAAGAAGCCCAAGUCAUAGCGAUCCUAUCUUCAAGUCUCAGGAGAGUAAACCGAAACUUAUAACGAAAGAGGGGACAUCGAGAUAUUUUGAUAUCACGCCCUGGGCCACGAUAGGAGAUGAAUUUCAGCAUCCAGAGGUCGGUGAGCCGACGGAUGAAGCUAAUUUUCAUGAAAGUGGGAUUUUCUUCGAGUCGGAACCAAGCUACGCUUUCGAUAAUAUCGCAAGUCUACAUCCCUCUCUACCAACAUUGGAAAAGAUGAAGGAAAUAUUUGUUGAUCGUGUUGAUCCUCUGAUGAAAAUACUCCAUAUUCCUACUUUCUGGACCGUGUUAACAGACGUGCCACGAAACCCCCAAGGCCACCGACCCAGAAGCUUGGAAGCGUUGAUAUUUUCUUUCUACUUCGUAGUCAUAACCUCCUUGACGGAUAAAGAAGCACGGGAGAUUUUUGGGAUAGAGAAGUCAGUGCUCCAUUCUCGUUAUAGACUUGCGACUCGGCGGGCGUUAGUGAAUGCUGGGUUUUUAUCUACUUCCAGUCCAAUGACACUUCAGGCAUAUGCAAUCUUCAUGAUGUCCGCGAGGAAAUGUUACAGGCACGAUACCUUGUUCGUCUUAUCAGGAGUUGCGAUCCGACUAGCCCGCAAAAUGGGAUUGCAUCGCGACGGCUCACUCCUGGGACUAUCUCCCUUCGAGACCGAAAUGCGGAGAAGGCUCUGGUGGCACCUUAUCCAUGUGGACUUUCGCUUGGCUGAAAUACUUGGCACGAGGCCGUCUUUGGAUAUUAUUUCUACGGAUAUCAAGAUGCCGCUGAAUGUCGAUGACGAAGACCUCAACCCCAAUAUGACCCAAGAACCCACGGAGCGUAACGGCAUAACUCCAAUUACAUUCUGCUUGGUCAGAUGCGAGAUUUUUAAGGCUUUGGAGAGGUUCGUGCCAGCAUCUGCUAAUGGAGCACACUGGGAAGUACUCCGCGGAACAGACCUUUCUUUCUCCGAAAAAGACCGAAUCAUAAACCAGAUUGAAGAGUAUCUCGAGACUAAGUACCUACGGUAUUGCGACCCAUUAGACUCCCUCCAUACUUUCAUAUCGAUCAUGGUCAGAUCAUCAAUCGGCAAGAUGAGGGUUUUCUGCCACAGUCCUCGGUCGUCGCUAAACCGACCUAUUAAAAUACCGCAGAGCGAGCGCAGCAUAGUAUUUUCCAACUGCAUGAAACUACUAGAAUACCUGACCGCUAUGCACGGGGGCUUGAACAACAUGGAGAAAUACAUGUGGCAGAUCGGCACCAGCUACCUCUGGGGCACGAUGCUCUUCGUGCUGGUCGAGACCCGGAACCGCAAGAAGGGGCCCGAGGUCGACAGGGCGUGGCGGCUGAUUGGAGAGGUCUACUCGUAUUACCCGCUGAUGUUCGAGGAGUCCACCAGUCCCGUAUUCGCCGCGCUGGGGAAAUGGACGUUGCAGGUAUGGAACGAGUGUGCCGCAGCUGUAAAAGCCGAAGGCCGCCCGGAACCAGCAAUGCCCGAUUAUAUUGAGAGGAUCCGUCGCUGCCGCGAAGUGUCCUCAGAUUCACGAACCAAACACAAGGGCCCAGAGGUGAUUUUUGAACCUAUUACCCCGAAUUCGUUCGACUAUACUGGAGAACAACCCCAAGGCAGUGACGGGAACUUUGGUAAUUUCGAAUCCUUUGAAUCCUGCGAUUUUCCAGAUCUUCUCACCCUCCAGAUGCCGUCAGACGAUUGGAUACAAUGGGACCAGAUUAUCGCGGAACAGACGGGAUUUCCUUAGAUCAUCGGGAUUUAGGUACCUAGACAUGAUUUAUGAAGGAGGCCCAAUGGAAAAGCUGUGCGAUACUGCCCAGAGAUCCAGGAAACCGGGAGGUUGGUUAGGACAACUAGCCUACUUGAAUACGUUUACUAUUGAAAUUUCACUUGAUAUCUCUUGGAUAGGUACUGUAUGCUCACAUAUAACGGUUUCUAAAUAUCGUUGGCUUCUCUCUGAUUUCAUUACAUACCUCUUAUGGAUUAUGAACAGCCGUAGCUCUGAGAAUUACGAAUAUCGCUCGUGAACUAACCUUAGGGUGUCUAGAACGAACAUUCGAGGGAACUCCGCCUUAGAUUGUCCGAUGAAGUGAUGUUGAAGUGUAGCUCGGAUGCAGGGAAGACCAAGGCUCCGAAGUAGAUAACAGGUAAACUGGAGGUUCAUGGAACUAGACGCUGAAAUGAAGUUUAUCAGUUAUUUAGAUAAAGGCAUGCUUGGAGAACUGUUUACUAUCCUGACAGGAGGUACAUAACCCCCUAUUAUAUCCUCUUGUAGUUCACUCAAGCGAUUUAGUCUCAUGCAAAGCUCAAGUGGCUAAGCCUUGAUAAUGUAGGUUUUUAUUUGCAUGUUUCGAUUUUGGAUUCGAAAUAUAUUAACAGC